UUGUAGGCCGAAACUUAUGCCUCUGAAAUCCCUGACUACUCAGAAGUUAGAAAGUAUGAAUAAGGCAUCAGAUAACGAGGCCAAAAACUUGAAAUCCAAAACGGCGAAAGACGUUUGAUGGUAUUUUACGUAGCGGACGCGCCUGACAGAAAUGACUGUUGGACCAUUAGUUGUUGAUGUCGUUGUGACUUUUUUCCUAGCUUUUAGCAUCAUAUACAGAUAUAUUAAUUGGAGACGACAUCACGUUAUCGUAAAGUUCGCAGUGCUAACAGGAUGGUACUUUUCGUUCCUCAUAAUCUUCGUUCUUCCACUGGAUGUAUCAUCUACUGUGUACAGACAAUGCUUGAAAAAGAAUAAUGUCACAGAAUCUGAAAAUACUACUUCUACAGUCUGUCGUGAACCAUGGAGCUAUGUUGGAAACGAUCUGUAUUUACACCUCUGGCAUAUUGUCUAUUGGACAUCACAGUGCCUAACAUGGCUUGUACUGCCCUUAAUGCAGUCAUAUAUAAAAGCUGGGGACUUUACAAUCCGGGGUAAACUUAAAUCAGCUUUGAUUGAUAAUGCAAUAUAUUAUGGAUCAUAUCUCUUCAUAUGUGUCAUUCUUAUAAUAUAUAUUGCAGUAAGACCAAGCCGUUAUUUUUAUGGUCAGAAUCUGAAGACUAUUGCAUCAUCAGCCAGUAACACAUGGGGAUUAUUCCUGUUAAUUCUUCUUCUCGGUUAUGCUCUUGUGGCUGUUCCUCGAUCACUAUGGAAUGCGAGUAAGAAAGGUUAUUCUCUAAACUAUGCAUAUUUCAAAGCUGGAAAACUGAGUUUAGAGAAGCUUGAAGCUGAAGAAGCACUUGACGAUGUUUUGGAGACACUUUUGGGUGUUAAAAUGUCAGUAACACCAGGGCAUCCAUCGUAUAAAAAUGUAGAAACUAUUCUCCAAAAGCUUCCAAUGGAACUCCAGGACCGUAUGUGCCGUAGGCAACUUCCUGAUGAUGCCCCACUUGAUACACCAUCUGAAAAAGCAUUAGUUAGACUUCACAGACAGGUUCUAAAGACCUUACAAACAUAUCAUCGCACUGAGACACAGUGGACUAUUCUUGUGGAAAAAAUCUUUGAACUGGAAGACAUUGCAUACAAUCAAGAGAAUCGUGAUCAUGUAUUUAGGCCUACUUUCCGACCAGUGCGACCUGCAUUGCUGAAUUUGAUAUACACACCUACAAUUGAAUGGUACUGGAAGUGCGUGCUUCAGAACUAUAUUCUAAAACUGAUGGCAGUUGUCACUGGCUUGCUAUCCGUUGCUGUUGUUUGGUCAGAAGUUACUUUUUUUAACAAAGAACCAGUUCUGUCAUUGUUUGCAGAGUUCAUUAAUUUAGCAGCAGCAAGUUAUGAUUAUGCCACAAUAGAGGUUCUUUCAACAUUGGUCAUUGCAUACUUGUGCUAUUGCGCCUAUUCUACAGUUCUCAAGAUUAAAUUUUUAAACCUCUACUACCUUGCUCCACAUCAUCAGACAGAUGAAUAUUCACUUAUCUUCUCUGGAAUGAUGUUAUGUAGGCUCACACCACCUAUUUGCCUAAAUUUUUUGGGACUGAUCCACAUGGAUAGCCAUGUCAUAAAAACACACAUCAUGGAGACUUACUACACACAGGUAAUGGGACAUAUGGAUGUUGUGCCCAUUAUAUCGGAUGGCUUCAAUGUAUAUUUUCCUAUAGCCGUCCUGGCAUUUUGCCUUGCAACUUACUUUAAUGUUGGGUCUCGUAUUGUGUCAUGGAUAGGAUUUCACCAGUUUUUGGGUGAUGAAGAAACUGCAGACUUGGUUGCUGAUGGAAGAGCGCACAUAAGAAGAGAAAUGAGAAGACGUCAAAGAGUCGAAGACUCAGUAAAUCGUCGUAAAGCUUACGAAGAAAGGCUGCAAGACAGUACCCGAUACAGGUCAUCUCGAGAAGCUGCUGAUGAGAGAGUGCAACCUCUUCAUCGAGAAGAUUCAGGAGAAUCAGCUCGUGCCGUACUUCUGCGUGAUGUGGAACCUGUCGAUUAUGUAGAGACUGUGCCAGCAAGAAGAUUUACCCAAGGACGUAAUCAGUAUUACACCAAUGUUGAGUUAGAAUCAAAUGAAAAUAGUGUGCAUACACACACUGAUGACACGUUAUUGUAUCAGAAUGGCUCUGAAAGUGUUAUCGAACCUGCUUUUGGGUACCAGACAUCAAGAGAUAGACAUGGUCUUCCUCCAAGAGGAUUAUUUGAUGAUGUUUAAUGUUUGUUACAGAUAUAAAAAGAAAUGAACUAUUUACUAUACAAAGGAUAGAUAUUAUGUAUAAAAAUAUUGUCAAUCUGUUGUUACCUACUUGUAGAUACUAUGAUUCUGAAGGAGGUUUGACAGAAUGUGAGAGGUGACUUUGGUCAUCAUUGCAAGUGAUAUUCACAUUCAAAGUAAAGCAAAGCACACAUUAACUGUGUGUUGAUUCUCAUAUGAAACUGUUAGAGUCAAUCUCAGCAUGGUUUGUAGUCUUACACCGAGUAUCAUAGGUUGAAAAAUUUUGCCUCAGAGAACUUCUACUCAGUUUUGGUCAACAGAAUACUCAGUUCAGAAUAAGUCAUCAUUUUUUUUGUAAUCACAACAAAAUUGUGAUAAUUUAAUUCUGACAGUAAUGAAAGAUGUUACAUAUUCCUGUAUUUGCUGACAUUUAUUGUGGUUAACUUUUUUGUGUCAAUGAUUGUAUAUUUUGUAAUGGACAUACUGUGUAAUUUCUGUGCUAACUUUACUGUCUAAAUGGACGAGGGUGCGCUGAAAAGUAAUGCCUCCAAAUUUUUUUUAUAUGAAAACUCUUAAAGCUUUGUUAAUAAAACAAAUAUUAUUGAUAUUCUACAUCUUUAUUCUUCAUGUUUACAUAUUUAUUUCUCAACAUAGUCACCCUGGCAAUGACCACAUUUCUCCCAAUGAGAGACCAGUUAGUUGAUACCGCCACUGUAGAAUGCUUGACUUUGUUGUUGGAGCCGCAACCUCACCUCUGCUUGCAGCACUUCAUCACUAUUAAAGUGAAGGCCUCGAAGGUAUCCUUUAAGUUUUAAAAACAGGUGAAAAUCAGAUGGGUGUAAGCUGGAACUCUAUGGAGAAUGAUAAAUGACAGUGAAUCAAAGGCAUCAGGUUGUUGCAUAUGUCACAUUGAUUGUGUGUGAUCUGGCACUGUCAUGCUGAAACAUAGGGUGGUCCACGUGUGGACGAACACUUUGAAUUCAAAACUCGAUUACAGCACACUGUUUCUCAUGUACCCACAUAGAUAAGUUAGACACUGGAGAAACGUAAAGAAUAAACAUGUAGAAUCUUAAUAAUGUUUGUUUCAUUUUAAAAGCUUUAAGAGUUUUCGCAAAUGAUUCAGAGGAAUCACUUUUCAUCAAGCACUCAUAUUAUCACAUCAUAGUAUGCUAAACAGUUCAUGUGGACUCGGCCACCAGUGACACUUCACACUUCAUGUGUUGCAGUGGAAUGUUUGGCACUUCAUUCACAGAUGAGAAAGAAGUGUAUGCGUGGUUUUCUAUAUGCAAAUAUUUUCUGCUAUUUUGUUUUAGUCAGAGUAAUGUUGUGGUUCCUGUUUACUGUCAUUUUGUGAAAGAUAUAACAAGUUUUGGAUAUACAUGUUACUUGCUUUGCAGGAAAAGUUAUGAAAGAACUUGUGACCUUUCAUUUAAUUUGUAUAAUAAUUCUUUAGUAGCUCACUAAUGUUUUGUUUUUCCAUUUGUUUGUGAGCCAUGAUAAAUACUGUAAAUUUUUUUUUAAAUAUUUAAAUGCACGCACUUAGUGAUGCUUGGUUAAAUGUUGUCAGUGUGAGUGUACUCCAUGUGUUGUACGUGUGUAUUCCACGUGUUGUACUGUUUAUGAAUAAUUUCUGUUCAUAUACUGUGUCAA